AUUGGUAGGGUAUAGGAAAGGGAGGUAAUCAAAAGUCAAACUUGGAUCAUAACAAUAUAGAUUAUCAUAACAUAUCUCAUAUCUUUUUCGAUCUGUUCCCCAUCCUCUUCCUUCUCCUUUUAAUAAUACUCGAAGGAGAUAUGGUGGUUGUUGUUGUUGUUACUGCUCAUCCACGGCUAUCUUGUAGAUUACUCAUACAACGGCUAUGCACGGCUCUACAGUAUGUAUUACUACCACCACAUGAUGAUGCUCAAUGCUCUUGCUCCUCGAGUGAUGCUGGUAAUGAUGUAUUGAAUAAUGAUAAUACCAAUAGUCAUCAUCAUGACCACCAUCAUCAUGGUGUUGGUGAUUCGAUGAUGAUCAUGAGAGGAAGGGGGAGGACUCUAUCUUUAUUACAAAACAAGGAUGAAGUUACUCAUCGACAAGAACAUCGUAUACAAACAUUGUUAUCAACUAUAGAAGAUACCAUACGAUGGGAACAUCUAACUUACCCUUGCUAUAACAUGCUCACUAUUCUUUCAUCAAUGCUUCAUUGUAUAACUCGACAAAAAGUAGUACCAGUUAAUGAUGAUGAUGAAUGGGGAGAUAUGUUACACACUUUAGAACGUUCGAAUAUUAUAAUAGGCUCCAUCUCCUCUUCCUUUACUAAGUAGUGUAUAGUCCACCAGAUCAUGGAGGAUGAUGAUUAUGAGCAUUACUCUAUUAUCAUUACUAGUUAUUAUCAAUGUAAUCUAUUAUCGAUGAUCUCUGAUGUCGUUGAAUAAUGAUGGCAAUAAUAACAACCAUAUUAUAAUUAUUCAAAACCAUCCGCAUCAUCAUCAUCAUCAUUAUUAUCUU